AUGGACUCGUCAUCAAAGAAAAGAAACAGAAUACCUUCAAGUUGUUCGAUUUGUAGAAAGAGGAAGAGUAAGUGUGAUAGGGUGAAGCCUGUUUGUGGUUCAUGUAAAAAAAAGUCAAUUGCCCAUUUAUGUUAUUAUGAAACGGAAAAAUCAAACGAGAGUUAUCAACCAGGUUUCAAUCAAUCACCCCAAUAUCAAUCACCAACUAUUCAACAUCCUAAUCAAAUGAAUAUGGAGAUGCAAGGACACGGACAUAUGAAUCAAGGACCCAUGUCACAGGGACCUCCACCUCAGGGAGGUCAAGUUCCAGUACAAGUACAUGGACAAGUGCCAGGACAAAUACCGGGACAAAUGCCUGGGCCUGGACAAAUGCCAGCACCUGGACAAGGAGGCUAUCCAAUGGGUGACCCAAAUGUCCACAUGGUACCAGUGAAUUAUACCAAUGGACAUAAUUAUGGUGAAUAUUACCCUGUGCAACCUCCAGAUAAUUUUGAAUAUGAUAAUAAUGGAAUGCCUAUAAUUCGUCAUGGUUCCAAUCCUCCACCUCCACCACCAGCAGUUCAUCAUCCACCUCAACCUUUGCAAUCUCAACAUUUACCACCAGCUUCAUUACAAUCACCUCAACAAGCUCAACCAUCGCCAAAUAAUCAACCGCCACCACCCCCAGCAUCUAUUAACAUACCUGGAAUUCCUAUCCAACCUCGAGGAGUUAGUCCUAUGCCUCCACCACCUCAUACUUUUAACCAUAGACAACCAAAUGGACCCAUACCACCACCACCUAAUGGUCCACCAACUCCGAACAAUAUUUCCAUGCAAACUCCUUCGGCUUUGAAUGACAAUACUUAUUCAUCCAAUGCUAGUUCAGCAACUUCGAGUGUUAAAUUACCACCAAUUAAAAAUAUUCCCAGUAGUACCAAUAGUCUUGAUACAAGUCCUAGAAGUGGUUCUGAACAAUUGAUUACUGUUCCUAUUGGUCCAACAUCAUCAUUAAAAAUCAACCCACAAGAUGAAGUAACUGAUUUUUUCAGUAACGCUUCAACUCCUUUAUCGUUAGAAGGUUCAUACUUACAAACCCAUGGAUUCUCUAGUUAUGUUGGAUUAACUAAAAGUGAUAAGUAUGUUAAAUUCUUGAGAGAUUUUGCUGUUCAUUUAAUUACCAAUGGAGAAAUCACCCAAUUCGCCAGUACAACUCCAAAAAGAAAAGCUGGAGAAUCAAUAGCUCCUUCGCCUAAAAAAGUCAAACCAGAAAUUGUUGAGUCAACUACCAAAAAUGAUGCAGGCAUUAAAGAUAACACAACUAACAGUGUUGUGAAAGAUGAGACAAAUGAAGGUUUACAAAAUAAUGAUGGAGGUGAUGAUGAUGAAGCCAAUGAUGAUGAAGGUAAUGAUGAUGAUAUAGCAGAUGAAGAAGAUGAAAAAGCUCGUGAUGAUGCGGCCGUGCUUGCCAUUGUCAACAAUAAUCUUGGUAAUUCUAAAAAAUCCGAUAGUUUGGCUAUAUUACCAGGAUUGAAAACAUUAUACUCAGGUAAAAGUAACCGUAAAGAAUAUUACAAAUUGGUUGAACAAGCAAUUUUAAAGGUAUUACCAAGUAAAAAUCAAGUUUCAAUGUUAUUCCAAAGAUAUUAUAAAUGGGUUAAUCCUUUCAUCCCCAUAGUGAAUGAAAAUACUAUGAGAAAUGAUUUCUGUCAGUUAGUUGAUAGGUUUCCUUCUAGUAGUAGUGAGAAGUAUCAAUCUUUAAAUAUCAAAAAUGAUAAACAUUUAAGUAUAAUGGCAUUGAUGUUAUUAAUGUGUAGAUUGGGUUACAUGAGUUUCAUUCAUAACCAGAGUGUAAACAAUCAAUAUAAUGAUAAAGAAGCUAGUAUAAUACAAGAAUGUAAGAAAGUUCCAUAUCAAUUGUUUAAUGAUGUGGUGAAUUUAUGUAUUCCUGAUGAAAAUACUAGUUAUAGAAGUACUUUGAGAAAUAUUCAAACUUUAUGUUUAUUAUACUUCUAUCGUGAAGUAAGUCCUAAUGAUUGUUUAGGUGUUGGAUCAGCAGAUUCUCAAAUAUUAUUUGGAUCAAUUGUUCAACAAGCAUUAUCAAUGGGGUUGAAUCGUGAUCCUUUGAAAUAUAUUGAUCAUGAAACCAUUAAUAGUAACAAAGAUUUGAUCGAAACUUGGAGAAAUUUAUGGUUUCAUAUUUCGAAUCUAGAUGCUAGUCAAAGUAUUCAUAGAAUGAGUACUUUAUGUAUUUAUAAUGGUAACAUUAGUGAUAACAAAUUACCUAAUGUUCAUAUCAAAAAUGAAGAUUUAAAACAAUUGAAUUUGACUAUUAAUGAGGUUUCUAAAAUUUAUCGUAGAAUAUCAUUAAUAAUCAAUGAUUUCCUGAAAAAUCCUAAAAUUGUUGAUAUUCUAAAAGAAACCAAUACUUUAGAACAUAUCUUUUUCAAUUAUUUCGGUAAAGAUUUUUUUAGUGAUUCAAUUUGUAUACCAGCAAUUGAUCAAAAUUUUGAACCAGGAUCAAUUGAACAUGAUAGAAGUUUUAUCAAAGUUAUGAAAUUUUUGAUUUUUAUGCAAGUUCGUACAGAUUUAUCAUCAAUUUAUUAUGUUAUUUCAAUGCAUUAUGAAAGUAAUAGUGAAAAAUAUUCUCAAGAAUCAAUGAGUUCAGGAGUUGAGUUAUUCAAAAUUCAUUUCAAGAGUGUUGUUCAAUUAAGUUAUAUAAUGUCAUAUGUUUUUGAUAAUACUGUUGAACUUUUUGGAAGAAAUUAUGAUUAUAUUUUAACUGCUCAUAUGGAAAGAUUUAUGAUUAAAACUCAUAGUUUCUUAACAUCAUUCUUUAUAAGAUUGAUUGCCCAGAAACAAUUAUUAACCAUUAAGCAAUUAACUAACCCUGAAGAAAGUUCGGCUAUAAGAUUAGAAGCUUUUGAUAGGACCUUUAAUAUGGUUUUAAUGGAAUCAGAGUAUUUUGUUGGGAAUUUCCGGACUUUGAGUUUAAGAUAUUUAAAUUCUUAUAAGAUUUAUGUGUUGACAUAUUAUGUUUUGAAACAAUGUAUGGAAAAUCCAGAAAUAUUCUUCCAAUAUUCAAUGAAUGAUACUUCAAUUUUCGAAGAUGGUUCAAGUGUUUUAGAUUAUUUCACUGCGGAAGAGAUGAAUUAUUUAACAAGAUUAAUGGAAGAAUUAAGAUAUAUUAAGAAUAUCCAAGCAAUGCAAAAACGUCAAAAUUUAUCAAGUGUUAGUUCAGCUAAAUCUUCAAAUCAUGGUUCACCAGAAAUGAAUAGAACUAAUUCUAAUUUACCUCAACAUCAUCCUAAAAAGCCAAAUGUUGAUCCUUCAAGUGUUGCUCCGUCAAUUUCAAGUAGUAUACCAAAUUCUACUAAUAAUUCUCUUGCUGAUAAUGAAGAAUUUGCUAAUCCUGCUAGACAAUUUGCUAGUGCAAUGUUCAGACCUGGUGGUAAAUUUGAAUCUGAUUUAUUACCUUCAAGUGGUAGCAGUAAUGCUUCAAUAACGAAUGAAAUCAAUCAUUUGAAUAAUAAAACCUCAGAUUUCUCAAAAGAAAUGAAAGAUCCUAUCAUGGAACCAGCUCAAGAUCCAAUGUCUCUAUUAUUGAGUAAUUUGGCCGGUUUGAAUAACUUAGCUGGUAGUGAUGACAUAAGAACCGAUGACUUUAUGAAAUUAUUUGAACUUUAUGGUGAAGGUGCUAACGAUCUGAAUUUGGAAUAA